AUGGGACAAGACUUGUCGACUCUACGAGACAUGUCCAUUCAAUUGGUCUCUCAUUGCCUGUCUUGCGUGAAGUCGUUGUCAGAUAUAGAUAGGUCUGAAGAGAACAUGUAUUACACCCGAGUAUUUGCUGUUGAGGACCCUGCAAAAUGGGUCAUUAUAUCGAUCCCUUUUGCUAUUUUCUGCGGUUCCCAACGAUACUACUCCCAGCCCGAGUUACAUCUGCCCCUCUGCUACUCAGUGAGCAAGAAUCUGUCCGGGCGGUCAUUGCAACAGUUAUGUUUAAAAUCUGUUGAAUAUUUCCAUAAUGCCUGUAUUGCCAAUUAG